CGUUAGAUUGGCACACGGGAUUGUAAGGAUUACUCUUGUAUAGGGGAUUAUGAUCAGGAACAGCAGACAUGACUAUUAACGUGCAUUCUGCGAUGCGAUUUUAACGGUUUUCCACGAGAGUACACAUCACAGCAUCUCGAUUUAGUUCCGCCUGAAAUAUUCGAGCUGUUCGCUCACACCUCACAGACUUCCACAUUAUUUUCGCAUUAUGGCCGACAUACCGCAGCUGAUUAAAAUCGCCGUUUCCUUGAAAACGACUCCAAAUAACGGAGCCGUCUACUUCAAGUCGGACGGGACGAGAUUCGGGCAGACCCGAACGAUCAAAAUAUUGACCGGAACCAAGUACAAGGUCGAUGUGGUCGUGAAACCGGGAGCAGUUGAGGCGACAUCCAUGACUGUUGGCGGAGUGACUUUCCCUUUGGAGCAGCAGUCUAAAGACCCCCAAUCUGUAGUAUACACUGGAAUGUAUGCCACUGAGGGAGUAGCACACACAAAAAGUGGAGAGAGACAGCCUGUCCAAGUCAACAUACAGUUCACUCAAGCAGGCCUUUUUGAGACCAUCUGGCAGGUCAAGUUCUACAACUAUAACAAGAGGGACCACUGCCAAUGGGGCAACAGCUUCAACAGUAUCGAGUAUGAGUGUAAACCCAAUGACACACGCACCCUCAUGUGGAUCAAUAAAGAACAAUUUCUAUGAAAGAUGCCUAUGUGUCAUCCGUGAGAGAAGACCUUAUGACGGACACGAUACAGAGCAAGAAACUUCCCUCAACACCACCCUGUUGAGUCAUAUAUUAAUGAAUCAAAGGUUCCUUUUAGUGUUGGGAUGUAUCCUGUUCCUUUCCUGUUAGUGAUGUGUGUCUAACAAGUGAUUGAAGUGUAGUGAGGAAUUUACGAGCGGGAGUUUUGUUGGAUUUGUCUUUGAGCUGCAGGAAAUUAAGUAUCAUUCUGUAUCAGAUGCAAUGUAGUUGAACUUUAACCUCUUUGUUGUAGUGUUGUCUCUUUCCGCAGUUGUCCUUGCAGUUGUCUACCUCUAAAUAAUCCUGUGAGGAUUAAGUUUACUUUAAUGUGGGUUUACAGGUUUAAUGGUAAAAGUAUUAUAUAAUGUAUGGUGUGUUAUUUCAGUAGUUACAGAUUCAAUGUAGCACCUUUUGCAAUAAAUCUUACCCAUCUACGAACUUUCUAGAGAUUCUUUUUUUAGUAUUUUGUAAUGGUGAAAUGUGAUAAUAUAUGUGCAAUAAUUGACAGCUGGAUAAAAAAUAAAAAAUGUCAUUGGUUUUGCAAAAUAUAUUGUAUAUUUGAUCAAAAAAUAAAUAAA